AUGCCUUCCUUUUUGUAGGUUUCCAUGUGGAUGAUUCUGAAAUCACCUUGAAUAUUUGCUUGGGUAACCAAUUUUCUGGUGGGGAUUUGUUCUUGGGGGGUGUUCGGUGUGAUAAGCAUGUGAACACAGAAACCCAGCCAGAGGAAAUUUUAGACUAUUCCCAUGUUCCAGGACGAGCUGUUCUUCAUCGUGGUUGCCAUAGGCAUGGUGCUAGAGCCACAGUCUCCGGUCGCCGGGUCAACUUACUGUUAUGGUGCAGAAGUAUUGGUAAACAUUGAUGUGCCAACUUCCAAGAAAGAUAUGGAACAAUCUAAAGAGGAAACGAAGAAGCUGAGUCUUGGCUUUUUUAUUGGAUUGAGCUGGAACCCCAAAGUUCUCAAUUGCUUUUCAUAUUCAUCUUCACUAUGUGGCCCCUAAGCUUGAAAUCCCUGUUAUGCCUCUUUAUUAUGUACCCUUACAUUAUAGAUUGUGUAUUUUUGUUUUAUGCUUUGUGUUGAUUCACAUUCCUAUGGUUGAUCAACUAUUUUAAUUUUGUUCAAACUGCAUCUGUGGCAUCUUUAGUUCGGUAUUCCGUGAGCUGAGGAAAUACCAGAAAGAUUUUUCAAGCUGGUGUGGAGAAUGCCAGCGUGAGAAGAGAGAAAGGCAGCAGAAUUCAAUUGCUGCUACCAAAGAGGUGGGGUGGGCCUGUUUUGAUCAUGUAGAAGCAAUGGUUUUUGUAUCAUCUUUUAUUAAUUUGGUUCUGCCGCUUUCUUCAGGAGUUGCUAAAGAGGGAAGGAAAACCUGCUCAGUGACCUGAACUUGGCCUACAGGUUUUUUCAUUCAAAGUUGUAUAGUAGCAAGAAGAAUUAUGUUUUGUAUUCUCUUCCUUUUUUAAGUUAGUCAUCUAGAUUUUGCUAGAUUGUGAUUGUGUCAUCGGAUAGAGGAAUGGUGUUUCCUGAUCAUUGUUCUAUUGAAAUGGGGGGAGCUGUACUGUACAUUCACACCCUGUCAAAAUCCAUUGAAUUCCUGUGUAUUGUCCAAUAUUCAUGGUAAAGUGAAUACCCUCAGGUUUGGAACCGGACUAUUAAGUGGAAAA